AUGUCUUUGGACCCACGGUUCUACAAUAGUAUUGCUCAGCUCCCACCGAGACCCUCUCUGUCGCAUUCCUCGUCGAACUACCCCGCCGAUUAUGGAGGGUUUACUCCUAGCAUGGCAUCCUUCACGUCCGCAUCCGUUGCUGGAGUCCGAUCUACCGCUUCCAGUCCAUCCCUACGAGCCAAAGAGAGAGUUGUAGCACCAACGACGAGGCCUGGCACCCCGGUAGGCAGCUGCACUGGUGGUGGAAACGUGAAAGUUGUUGUGAGAGUUAGAGCAUUCUUGCAGAGAGAGCUUCAACGUAGUGUACAAUGUUUGAUUCGCAUGAAUCCUGCAACCCAGUGCACAACACUAUUGGCCCCUAAUCAAGAUCAGAACUCCAAAGCGCAAACUCGCAGCAAAGUGACUGAAGAUAAGACUUUUACAUUUGACAACUCCUUUUGGUCCCAUGAUGAAGACGAUUCCCAUUAUGCAACUCAAGAAGACGUGUACAACUGUUUGGGGGAAGAGUUUCUUGAUCACAAUUUUGAAGGCUACCAUACAUGUAUAUUUGCUUACGGCCAAACAGGUUCGGGAAAAAGUUAUACAAUGAUGGGUACACCUGAUAAUCCGGGCCUCAUACCGCGAACUCUUGAGGAUCUCUUCCAAAGAAUCGAGAACAGUGAAUCUCCCGACGUGACGUAUCAUGUUCGAGUGUCAUAUUUUGAAGUAUACAAUGAACAUGUUCGUGAUUUAUUAGUUCCAAGGACCGACCCGCCCUACUAUCUUAAGAUUCGGGAAUCGCCUACAGAUGGGCCGUAUGUGAAGGAUCUCACUGAUGUUCCAGUCCGAAAUUUUGAGGAAGUGAUGCGCUAUAUGAGAAAAGGGGAUGCAUCUCGAACUACAGCAAGUACAAAAAUGAAUGAUACUAGUUCAAGAUCUCAUGCUGUUUUCACAAUUAUGCUAAAACAGAUACAUCACGAUUUGGCUACGGAUGAAACUAUCGAGAGAACGGCUCGAAUUCGAUUAGUGGAUCUCGCGGGUUCAGAACGAGCAAAAGCCACCGAGGCCACAGGCCAGCGCUUAAGGGAAGGUUCGAACAUUAACAAAUCUUUGACGACUCUUGGCCGUGUUAUAGCUGCCCUGGCUGAUAACAAACCUGGACGUGGCCGAAAAAAUAGAGAUAUUGUCCCGUAUCGCGACUCAAUUCUAACCUGGCUACUGAAAGACAGCUUGGGAGGAAAUUCCAAGACGGCCAUGAUUGCUUGCAUAGCUCCGUCGGAUUACGAGGAAACUUUAUCGACCCUCCGUUACGCAGAUCAAGCCAAGCGCAUUCGAACUAGAGCUGUCAUCAACCAGGAUCAUGUCUCAGCUGCGGAGCGGGACGCGCAGAUUGCAGAAAUGGCCGAAACUAUACGCACGCUGCAGCUUAGUGUCAGCCAAUACACUGUCUCAAAGCGUGAUAUGGAGAUGCAAAACGAAAAGCUCGAGGAAUACCAAAAACAAGUCACCAAACUUCAGCGGUUGAUGGAAGAGACCAAGAUGGUUAGCGAGAAUAAAAUUCGCCAACUUCAAACCGAGAAUGAAGCCUUGCGACUCCAUUUACGCCUUGCGCUUGACAGUUUGAAAAAUCCGAUACCGCCCGUCGAGGUUGCCAAGCGGCGCACGAGAAACAGCAGCUUUACUACGGCAACAGAAAGUCAAGAUGCUGAAAGUGAGAGGUGUUUUGAAAAGGAAAACACUGCGCCGCAAGAACAAGCAGAUGGUAUUUGGGAAGAUCCCUUCAAUGAUUUUGACGUUGAGGUUCAAUCUGAAAUGGAGGAUCUCCUAUCUGAUUUGAGCUUCUUCCGGCGCAAGCUGGCUGAUGACUGUGAACGAUUUGGAGUGAAACGACCAUGCCGAGGGGAUCGAAAAAUGCUUUCGGAGGUAUCAGUGAAUAUCUGA